UACAGAUUUGUAGCGGAGUUGAUUCAUUGUGAUACAUUAUUAAGAAACCAUUCAGGAGUGUUUCCUGUAUCGCCUUCAUUAUUAAGUUGUUGUCAUGAUACGGUAGAGGACGUGUUGCUUUACCAAAAGGCGUUUUUUGUUUUACAUUAUAACUUUUGCUUCGGUCAGGAUUCAUAGCUUCUGAAUCUGAUUGUAUUUCGAGCUUUAUUGUGUUAAGUUUGAGAUUGAUGCUUUUGGGUAACAUCUGGUUUCCAGACUCACAGCUGGCAAACAAAAAAACAAAAACAAAAUACGGGCGCUGUCCCUGGUGCUGAAAGCCAACCGCUUACUUGUUCGUCUAUCUCCUACAAGAAGAAUGUGACACAGCGAGGGAUGCUGGCAGAUAAAUGAAACCCCGUAUAGCCUACUUUCUUCCCCUUAAAAACAGCGGAGCAGGGUCAGACAGCCUUCGCUCAAGCUCAAGGACACAGGGUGGAUGCCUGACACAAAAAAAAAUCUAUGUCCUUUUCUUAGUUUAUCCUCCGGGCAAUAAAGCCACACAGCAACGUGUCUGCUAGAAUCCUGAUUUUAUCUGCCACUUUAGCUUUUUUCAUCAUUUCUUCCAUUAAAAUCUUUUGUUUUCUCAUGUUUUGAACAGGAAAGAAGACAAAUAGUGGCAUUCAGAAAAUAAUAAUAUGAAGUCUAUUUCUUUGUAUGUAUUUUUGUGCAUAGCGCUGUAAUUCUGACUUUUUUAAUGGAAUUAGGAGCAUUUAAAAAGAGGACGCACCAGAUUUGACCAUCUUAAAUACCUUUUUUCCAGGGAUCUGAUCCAGACUCCUGAAAGACACAAGCCUUCAUGUCCUGUCUUUCGUCAUUACUGAGGUGAGAUGAUACUCCUCACGAGGGGAUAGCUCUGACAGGCAGUGAUAACAGAUUGGGUUUGCUUUGGUCCCCUGGGACUCAACAGGAACCUCUGUUCUUUUUCAUGACAUCUGUACCAAGUCAAAAGAGCCUGUCUCCUGUGAGCGUGCCACGUCUUUACUGAAAUCCCUUGACCCGGCACUACAUUUUCCCAUCCCUCGGAGCUCCCACAUCGCACUGCUUCGCUGGUUGGCAGCUCCUCUCGCCUGUGAGCCAGGAUGAAUGAUGUUCUGGAGGCCGUCUCCCCUGCGACCAGCCUCAGCGGUCCAGCUACCUGCGUCUCCAAAGUAGAGCUGCGUGUGGCUUGCAAAGCCCUGCUGGACCGAGACACGCUGAAUAAGUCAGACCCAUGUGUUAUUAUCAUGGUGCAGACCAACGGACAGUGGACAGAGCUGGACAGGACAGAAGUCAUCAAGAGCAACUUGCAUCCGGUCUUUGCCAAGGUUCUCUCAUUGGACUACUACUUUGAGGAGGUUCAGAAGCUGCGAUUUGAAGUCUAUGACAUCCAUGGCACUCAUAGCAUCGGGACCCGGGAUGAUGACUUUCUGGGUGGGGUGGAGUGUACUCUUGGCCAGAUUGUGGCCCAAAAGAAGAUGGUGAAGCCUUUGUUGCUGAAGUAUGGGAAAUACGCCGGCAAAUCCACCAUCACCGUGCACGCUGAGGAAAUUUCUGGCAACAACGGGUAUGUGGAGCUCUCAUUCUGUGCCAAGAAGCUUGAUGACAAGGACCUCUUCAGCAAGUCGGACCCCUUUUUGGAAAUAUAUCGAAUCAAUGACGAUGAAACUGAACAGCUUGUGCACAGAACUGAGGUGAUUAAAAACAACCUGAAUCCUGUGUGGGAGCCCUUCAAAGUGUCUCUCAUAUCUCUGUGCAGCUGUGAUGAGGACCGGAAGCUCAAGUGCCUAGUGUGGGAUUAUGACUCCAGGGGGAAACACGACUUCAUCGGCGAGUUCUACGUCACAUUCAAGGAAAUGCAGAAAAUUUCCAGUGGAAAUAAGGUCACGUGGGACUGUGUCAAUCCCAAGUACAAACAGAAGAAGAGAAACUAUAAAAAUUCAGGAGUUGUCAUCCUCACUGAGAUGAAGCUCCACAGAGUGUACUCCUUCUUAGAUUACAUCAUGGGAGGAUGCCAGAUUCACUUUACGGUUGCCAUUGACUUCACAGCCUCCAAUGGAGAUCCCAGGAACAGCUGCUCUUUGCACUACAUCAACCCUUACCAGCCCAACGAGUACCUGAAGGCUCUGAUAGCAGUGGGGGAGAUCUGUCAAGACUACGAUAGUGACAAAAGGUUUUCAGCUUUGGGUUUUGGUGCCAGAAUCCCUCCAAAUUAUGAGGUGUCCCAUGACUUUGCCAUUAAUUUCAACCCAGAGGAUGAUGAAUGUGAAGAGAUCCAAGGAGUGGUUGAGGCAUACCAGAACUGCCUUCCUAAGAUCCAAUUGUAUGGCCCGACCAAUGUUUCUCCCAUCAUUAACAGGAUAGCCAAGCUGGCAGCAGGCGACGGCAACAUUAAAGAUGCUUCUCGAUACCACAUCCUGCUCAUCCUCACGGAUGGCGUCGUGACAGACAUGGCAGACACGCGUGAAGCUAUUGUGCGAGCCUCCUACCAGCCUCUCUCCAUAAUCAUUGUCGGUGUGGGCAAUGCAGACUUCACAGACAUGCAGAUUUUGGAUGGAGAUGAUGGAGUUCUACGCUCACCGAAGGGCGAGCCAGUCCUGAGAGAUAUUGUGCAGUUCGUGCCCUUCAGAGACUUCAAAACGGCUUCCCCUGCAGCCCUGGCCAAAUGUGUUCUGGCGGAGGUGCCCAAGCAAGUAGUGGAGUACUACAGCCAUAAGGCCAUCUCCCCGAUGAUUCCGAUGAGGGACUUACUGACCCCCAUCCUCAGCCCUGUCGCCACCACCCCAACAGAAUAACCAUCCUUCCUGCUUUUGGGACCAAGCUUUGACCACAGCAUCAGUCCAGCAAACUGAGAGGGAGAAAAGACGCAUGCAUUGCGAUUUUGGAGGACUGGAGAGAAAAUCUUUCUAAAUGUGUUGUUUGUCAUUUAUUUCAUUCUUCACACCUAUCAAAGUGUUUACACAAGGACAGUACGACAGAGGCUGUAGGUUAAAUUUCUCUGCUCAGUGUGGAUCCAGCGCUUCUCUCUGGCUGUGCAAACCAUGACCAUCCAGCUGUUUCAGCAUCAUGAGUCCUGGAGGCUUGUGUUGUUUUUCCUCCCUAAUUUUUAUGCAUGCAGGCCAAUCCCUCAGGGCUGAUCCAUCAAUCGGAUGAAGGCUUAUUAUUCCUUAAUGGCCUUGAAAUUCAGCACCUCUGUCUUUCUUGUUACAUUUUCCCUUAUGUCACAUCUUCAGAUAAUUUGAAGAUGUGAAGACCCUUUAUUACAUUGGCCUUCCCUCAUGUACCUAAGUCUGUCCAUCUACAGGAUUGGCUUUAUUUUGGAUUACAGUGAGACAAUAUUUUCAGACACACACAGGUUACAAUUUCAGACAUUGAAAUUGGAACGGACUAGUGGCAAAUCAUGAAUUAGCUACAGUAUAAUCGAUUGCUAAAAAUGGAAGCUCUGUUUCAAAGUGCGCAAGCACUCAACAAACCCCCAAAUGUCCUGUCUGCAACAGCAUGAAACAUGAGCCACCCCUAAUACCUAGCAAAUAUGAAAGCAGGCAAUGCUGACUGUGUUUGGCAGUUAGCAGGUGCAAGUUGCCAAGUUAGUGUAUUCUAUAUAAAGUAAUUAGCUAAUCACCCAGUAAUUAGGCCUUCUUAAAACCAGUUGAGGAAACCGCAGCAGUGGAAAAGUCUUUGUUUAAUUCUGACGUGUCACCGCUUCAGACUUGUUCCCCUCGUACAUCUGUGAAACUGCAAGUGACAUAACUUCUGCAAUGUGAUAUAUUUGCUAUAGCUUGAGCUCUUUAUGCUUCUUUCAGUUACAACAGGGAGCUAAUAAAUCAUAGCAAGACAGAAAAUACAGUCAGGUCAUCAGCUGGCAAGUUAAAGUAGGAUAUGUGUUUGGGUUGUCGAACAAAGCCCGAAUAACAUUUUCCUCCGAGAGAAGAUGAACAACAGCACCCCAUUUUUGGUCUUUUGUCAGGUGGCUAUGGUAUGAACUGUGAAAAUCUAAAUUAUUUGUUAUUGUUGUCAUCCCUGAGCCAGCCGACACACAGGUAGCAUUCUUCACGUUUCUGCAGUGCGUUUCAUUAUGUUUUCCUUUCAGCUGCUUUUUAUAUGCAAUAUAAUUCUACUCAAUGUUUCAUAAGGGAUUCACGAGCACAGUUUAAAUCCAAUGAAAGCACAAAACCGAUCAGUGAGUGCUGUAAAACACGUGUUAUAUCACUUACAUUUAUAUCAGAAUAUUAAAAAUAUGAAACAUUUAUAAUUAUUACCAAAAUUCCUCAGUGAUCAUUGCAAUGUUUCGUACCAUACAAUAAUUAUUAAGGGUUUUCUCAUCAAUGUGCAUCUCCAGAACAAACUGAAUCUAUUAUUUUCAUUUCUAAGAAGCUCUUGCCUGCAACGACCCCUGUUUACUUGAGAGGCUGCAUUUGAAUUUUCUGUUUUUCUAUUGAGCUUUACAAUCUUCAUCAUAUUCAAGAAGAUACAACCUUCACUUACCUUGAAAUGUUUUCUUAGCUUUAUCAAGCAAAUAGAUUUCACCUCAAAACUAGAUGACUGGUCAAUUUAUUAUCAAGCAUCUAUAAGAGCAAACCUUUAGAGAUAAGAAUUAAAUAUAAAUCCCACAAAGUCUCUAUCAGAGCUAAGCAAAUUAUUUAGUGUGAUGGAUCAUUUUCUUGCCUGUCCCUUGGUGUUGGAUUGCAUAUGCAAACUGUUAAAGAAGUCAAAUGUGGAUCUUUUAGAAAGAAAGCAUAAUAUAUUCCUUAAAACUGGAAGAUUUUAUGAAAAACCUAACAAAUUGUUACCCUACCAGAAGCCUAACUGAAGAGCAUCAGACACAUAAAUGCUAUAAUGUUCAAUUCCUUACCGUUCACAAUACAGUAAUAACUCCAAUACUGUUUGGUUUGGCAUUGGUCGAUUUUAUGCCUCUUCUGGUAACACCUCUAUACUUUGUAUAUUUACUUUGGGCUUUUGCAUUUAUCUGACAUGAUAUAUUUGUGCCCUGAAUGACGCUGAAUGACGACUAAUUCAAUUGGCCAAAAGCCAUUAAAUGCAUAGGAAGAAUAUCUAGUCUUUACAGCCACAUACACAUAUCCACCCCCCCAAGCUAAAUAUAUUAAUCUGACUUUGAUUUGUACUCUAGAGCUUCACCAUUCGUCCCCAGAUACAGACUAUUGACUUUUCAUGAAUGCACCUAAACACCGCCAGCUCUGCUGUUGGCUGCUCUCUGAAUUCCUUUGAAGAUCACCUAUUGAGGAUUAUUCUGUCACUGUGGAUCACAGGAGGAGCCCUAUUGAUUCAGCAGGCCUAUAGAUUCUGAGCCAUAAUCUGUCACUGGACUGUGAAUCAUCCUGGAGGGAUUUUGGUCUCACGAUGAGUCGUAGGUUGGAGUUAUAGGUGAAAAGGUUAUUUAUUGAGAGACCUUGUUCUUCCUGUAUGGGGAAUUAUUAGUUUUUUGUAUUUACACAUCUUUGUGUAAAUACACAAAGAUGUGUAAAUACAGGUCUUUUAAAAAACAAACAUCCUUAAAAAUAAUUCUUGGUUUUUAAAAGACUUACAACAUAAAACGUUUCAGCAAAAAGAUACCAAUCUCAAAUGAUAACUAUCCUAAAAAACUAAAACAUUUAACCAGGUUUUUGCUUACCCACAAACCUUUAGUGUCUGUAUCUAUUCUGAUUAAAUAAGUCAGGAUGUGCAGAUAUCAGCCAAUAUUUCUGUUCCUUGAGAGCAAACUAUAGUUCACAUAUUAUCUAAAAUGCAUCUGCACUUCUUUUUCCCCUAUUACCUGUGUCCAUGUAUUGUUACUUUGCCUGAAGUUACGAGCUGCACCAGCUUAAAUGGUUCAUUAGCCUGUUCUCUUAACAUUUAAGAUGUGAUUUUACAAUUGACCUGAGAAAAUUCAAAAUUGUAUUCCUUUAAAAGUAUUUUUAAAUAAUUUUAUUUUGUUAUCAAACAACUAACACAAUAGUUAAUAAUAGUUUGUGUUGAAACAUGAAUACAAUAAGCCAUUCAAAUGUUUCAUGCUCUUCUGGGGUUACCUGAAUUACAAAAUGUAGAUGUCCUAUGGUAGUACAUGUUAAACAGCAUGGGUCUUUAAUGCCUCACCAGAUUAGCCCCAAACAAAUAACUCUUCAGACCUGUUUUGAAAGUUAUUUUUAACUCUUUCUAUUUUUCAUUAAGUGAGAAGUUUCAAUGCAAUUAAUCAUCUAUGAAGUAUAAAAUGUCUAUCAUUGUGUGCUUGUGUGCAAGAGCUAGCUGGACCCAAGUGCACAGUAUUUGGGUGUCUUAAAUGUUUUUACAAAAAACAAACAAAAAAACAAACAUUCAUGUUUUAAUGGGAAACCCUCAUUUGUACCACAGUGGUGCAACAGCAGCGAGCUGAAAUGCUGGAGACAUUAAGAGCACAGUUCAUGUGGCCAUCGUGCACUGCGGAUUAAAAAAAGCUGGGAAGAAUUAACUGAGCUGCUUAUUUCCCCUUAUCUAUACUUGCACCAUUGUCCGACAAAAUUAACAAGUCGUAGGUUUUACACCACACUGAUGGAUUUGAAAUUUCUCAUAGACACUCUUUCUAUCUCUCUCUUUCUCCCAUCCACUACUAAUCAGGACAAGGUUAACAGCCCAUAACCAUAAUAUGCAACUGGUAUAACUGCAGGCCGUGUGGGGAAGAAGCAACCCAUGCAUCAAUAGUAAAUAUUUGAUUUCUUCGAAAGGAAGAAAGGGAUUUUUUGCAUGCUUACUUUUAUUGUUAAGCUGUGCUGUUCAGUCAUUCCUUUGGGUCUUAUGAUGUGCUUAUACGCAAGCCUACUUUUACACAAACCUCUGUUCUUGUACUUCAUGCUUGCAGUUAAGUAAAUAAAUCUCAUAAUUUAACUGAAA